AUGGGCUCUCGCGCAGACGGAUACGACUUUGCCGACACGGCCCCCGUCUCGCUCACGAUGCAUCCCGACAUGCCAAACUACGCUCCGGGCGAGCAACCCGGCCACCUCCAGCGCAACAAGACUGAGCGCCGCCGGCUCCAGGGUCUCCAGCGCUCGGCAACGGCCAUCACCCAGCGCACAUUCGCGUACCAGCCCACCGGCUGGAUGGACAGGUGGAACAAGUGGCUCAUCAACGAGGGCGGCCGUCGUCUCUUCUUCUUCACCUGGGUCUUCCUGCACUUGCUCGUCUACGCGUUCGGCGAGGUGCACUACACCCUCAAGGACAACCUCGUGGGCGCCAACGCCACGUUCGGUCGUACUUUCGCCAUCGCUCGCUCUGCCGCGCUUGUCCUGCACGUGGAUGUGAUCUUCAUCCUGCUCCCCGUCUGCCGCAACUUCAUCUCUAUGGUCCGCCGCACGCCGCUCAACCACUUCAUCCCCUUCGACAAGAACAUCACCUUCCACAAGGCGACCGCAUGGUCCAUCGUCGCCGGCUCCGUUGUUCACAUCGUAGCGCACAUGGUCAACUUCACCGAGCUGGCCUUUGCCGACCCCGACGCGAACACGCCCGGAAAGCGCUUCGUUGCGUUCCUCGAGGCCAACUUCGCCACUGGUCCCGGUAUCACUGGUUGGAUCAUGACCGUCGCACUCGGUGUGAUGGUCUGGUACGCCAUGGAGAAGCGCCGCCGUGCCAACUUCGAGAAGUUCUGGUACACCCACCACCUCUUCAUCGUCUUCUUCAUCAACUGGCAGCUCCACGGCAUGUUCUGCAUGAUCCAGCCCGACCGCCCGCCGUACUGCUCGUUCAACACCAUCGGUGUCUUCUGGCGCUACUGGCUUGUUGGCGGUGUCAUCUGGAUCUCAGAGCGUGUUCUUCGCGAGAUCCGCUCGCGCCACCGCACCUACAUCUCUAAGGUUAUCCAGCACCCGUCGAACGUCGUCGAGAUCCAGAUCAAGAAGGAGAAGACCAAGACGCGCGCCGGACAGUACAUCUUCAUCAACGUCCCUCAAGUCUCGUACUUCCAAUGGCAUCCCUUCACGCUCACCUCCGCACCCGAGGAGGACUACAUCUCCGUCCACAUCCGUGUUGCUGGUGACUUUACCAGCGCGCUUGCUGAGGCGCUCGGCUGCGAUUUCCCCAAGAAGGGUGAGAAGAAGGGAGGCGCGGGUCCCGGCGGAAAGGUCAUCGGCACGAACGCGAACCCGCCGCUUAACCGCGUGCUUCCCCGUGUCAUGGUCGACGGUCCGUUCGGUUCGGCAUCGGAGGACUUCUUGAACUACGAGACCGUGCUGCUCGUCGGCGCUGGUAUCGGUGUCACUCCCUUCGCCUCGAUCUUGAAGUCGAUCUGGUACCGCAUGAACAACUUCAACUCGACCAAGCCGACGCGCCUCUCCAAGGUCUACUUCACCUGGGUCAUCCGCGACUUCGGCUCGGCCGAAUGGUUCCACUCGCUCCUGCACGCCAUCGAGGAGCAGGACACGCAGAACCGCAUCGAGAUCAACAUCUACCUGACGCAGAAGCUCAAGGAGGACGAGAUGAACAACAUCAUUGUGCAGGACGUCGGCGCGGAGAAGGACUCGAUUACGAACUUGAGGGCGCCGACGCACUUCGGUCGGCCGAACUGGGACAGGGUGUUCUCGAGCAUUGCGGAGAAGCAUCCGGAGACGGACGUCGGUGUGUUCUUCUGUGGUCCGUCGGUGCUUUCGAAGCAGUUGCACACGAUGAGCAACAAGUACUCGACGCCCAAGGGCACCCGUUUCUUCUUCGGCAAGGAGAACUUCUAG